AUGGUGACGCCGCCGACUGCCCAGCAAUGGGAGCAACACCGCUCCGUCAUUGUUGACAUGUACUCGCGCCGGCCGUUGAAGGCGGUCCGGGCGCACAUGAGGGAGACGUAUGGGUUCUUGGCCACGGAUCGUAUGUUUAAGGGUCGCUUCAAGACGUGGGGAGUCGAAAAGAACAGACGGCAUAGACGAGAUGCGGGGGAUGGUGGGCCAGACAGCCGAGAACAAUCACCCGCAGGACCAUCACAACCAGCUCCCUUGCCAAACGCCCUCGACAUCCCUUCUCACGAUAGCAUCAUCCCUCGCCGACUACCACCAGACCCCGCUCGUGCGAUAACGCCACCGGAAGAGUCCCCUAUAAGCAACGAUGCCGCCUCUGAAUACUCGGAAACACUUUCUCCACGUCCACAACCUUGGCCAUUGACGCCGGCAACUACGGUAGGGGACCUCUCUCCUACCGGCUCUCAAGAUGGCGAAAACCUCACAACCCCACAGACAUGCCAAGAGAUCGUGAGACUAGCCAGCGAAAUACUCGCGACACUAGUUGCGGAACGCCGAGACAGGCCAGCGCCCGAUGAUCACGUCGAUAUAUAUCAGAGCCUCCACUCCAAACUUCGAUUCGAAAGUCAACUACGAAGCUCUCUUGUAAAUCGUCAACUAAAGGUGGGGGAAUGCAGAACGGUUGCCGGGAAGACAGUCGAAGAGAUGAUCACAUCAUUCCACGCGACGGUACCAAUCGGGGUCUUGAGCACGUUGAACCAGAUAACGAAUUGGACCACGAUCCAAGAGCUGGUUACACUUUUAUUUGAGACUUCCCAAACAAAUCCAGGGACCCACCAUGAUUUUGCUCAGCUUAUACGAAAGCUUCGCCAUCUUGUUUUUAUCACAAACCACGAAGAAUUUCAGUCAUCCAUGGAACAGAUUUGCUACCGUCUUGAAGAUAGAGUAGAAGAGACCCUGGGCUCUAUCAGUCUUGUCGGCUUUUAUCUCAUCCUCCUACUCAACGCAAGAAAGGCUAAAUCCAUCCAUAAGACGGACAAUAAAAUCCGGAGGAAAUCUCUCGAGAUCACCCGACACGUUACACUACACCACGAAGACCAACCAAAGGUUGUGCUGGAUUUUCAUCGAUACGUUAUCGCGUAUCUGUCAAUAGUGGCACCUGGGGAGAAGGAUGUCUUGGACAUGGCGGAGGUGUUCUACAAACGCGCCCAGGAAUACUUUGACUUGAACGAGCACGUGGAGGGGUCACACGCGAGGCUCUACUACGGGUCCAGCUGCGCCUACUUGGCGGAUUGCCGCUACGUUCGUAAUAACACGGAGGACCGCCACCAAGCUCGCAGUCUUCUUUUCCAGUCCAUAUGGUGUUAUGCGAACGCUCCUUGGGCCAACAGAGCAAACGCUGAACGUCAGAUGAAGAAGUUGAGGGAAUGGUGUGAGGAGGCGAACGACACGGAGAGACUGGAUAUGCUGCGGGAUAUCGAAGACAUGAUGGGAGAGGAGGCUCGCCAGAGAGGUGGUCCUUUGAUCCCUAGGGCAGCGGCACCUUGA